CCACCGUCCCCCACCGCCCCUCCCCGCCCUCGCUCCGGCCCCGCGGAAAAUCCCCCGCAGCCAACCGCUGCGCUUCCAUUUGACGCUUAGAUAUCCGCACCCCGUCCAUCGCAGCACCUUGUAAACAUAAGUUCUUAGUCAAGUACAUACCGUGCCAAGAACCUCUGGAUACCGACCUUCUGCCCCGGGUACCUGCGGCUUCUUCCAGUGCAGAAUCCACCUCUACGUGAACAGGUACCUACGGUCCUACUUACCUAUCCUCGUGAUUCGUGAACAGAUCCCGCGCGUACCCGACGCGACGGCAAUUUGUCUGACAGCCAGUUUAGUGUAGUUACAUACUCCGGCUGAUCAGCACCCCCCAAGAAGAGCAAAACAAGCAGGUAGCCAGAGGGAAACAGCUUUUGCCCAGUCCUUGACGUAGCUAGGUAACCGAUUCGCAUUUGGUGUUACUCCGGAAACGGGCACUUGCAGCACCAUGAGGUUGAUAAGCCGGUUGCUCCGUCGUCACGGCCAAGCAUCAUCAUCAUCCCUUUGCUCCGCUUCCCGCGUUGCUGGCAAACCAUUCACAUCAUCUUCACCUCGCUCGAUUCUGCCCCGCAUUUCCCUUUCCCUUGCUCUUUACCCCCGUGUACGGAAACUCGCGACUACUACUCCAACGUACAGCUCGCAGAACAAGAUGUCAAAGCAGGAAUUGCCCCUCUUCACCGAACUCACUGCCCCCAAUGGCCUCAAGUGGACUCAGCCGUUGGGUCUCUUCAUCAAUAACGAAUUCGUCAAAUCCAAGUCUGGAGAGACGCUCAGCUCGACGAGUCCGAUUGACGACAAGGAGAUAACCAGCGUGUACGCGGCUGACUCCACGGACGUCGGUGAAGCCGUCAAGGCUGCACGUGCUGCCUUCCAAAACCCCGAAUGGUCCGACCUUGCGACUGCGGCCCGAGGUGCGCUCAUGUUCAAACUUGCCGACCUUGUCGAGAAGAAUCUCGACAUUCUGGCUACUCUGGACACGUGGGACAUGGGCAAACCUCUCUCGGUGACAAAGGCUGAGGAUCUAUCCGAGACUAUCAGCUCGCUGAGAUAUUACGCUGGAUGGGCGGACAAGAUCAAUGGCAAGACGAUCGAUAUUGGCCCGCAGAAGCUUGUAUACGUCCUACAGCAGCCCAUUGGUGUUUGUGGACAGAUUAUCCCAUGGAACUACCCUCUAAUGAUGGCUGCCUGGAAACUCGGCCCAGCGUUGGCCACCGGAAAUACUGUUGUCCUCAAGUCCGCAGAGCAGUCACCUCUCUCGGCUCUUUUCCUCGGAACGCUCAUCAAGGAGGCUGGAUUUCCACCUGGUGUGGUCAAUAUUCUCUCCGGAUACGGAAAGACAGCCGGAGCUGCCAUUGCAUCCCAUGAAGACAUCGACAAGAUUGCAUUCACCGGGUCGACACUCACUGGUCGUGCAAUCAUGAAGGCAGCCUCCGUCAACCUCAAGAACAUCACGAUCGAGACGGGCGGCAAGAGCCCUCUGCUCAUCUUUGAGGAUGCUGACAUCGAACAGGCCGUCAAGUGGGCACACAUCGGAAUUAUGAGCAAUUCCGGACAGGUCUGCUGUGCCACUUCGAGGAUUCUGGUGCAGGAGAGCGUCUACGACGAGUUCAUCAAGAAGCUUGUCGACUACACCACGACGACCUCGAUUGUGGGAGAUCCUUUUGACGACGAUACCUCUCACGGCCCUCAAGUUUCCAAGCUGCAACACGAGAGAGUCAUGUCGUACGUCAAGAAAGGAAAGGAGGAGGGAGCUGAGCUCGUUCUCGGUGGAUCCACGCCCGGCGGCAACUUUGUGGCUCCAACCAUCUUCAAGGAUGUCAAGGAUGAUCACACCAUCAGCAAGGACGAAGUCUUUGGACCCUUCGUCUGCAUCGACAAAUUCAAGACGCAAGCAGAAGCUAUCAAGCGUGCCAAUAAUACUACCUAUGGUCUCGGUGCUGCCGUAUUCACCAAGGAUAUCACCAGAGCUCAUGUGGUCGCCCAAAAGAUCGAAGCCGGAAUGGUGUGGAUCAACAGUUCGAACGAUUCACACUUCGCCGUGCCUUUCGGUGGUGUGAAACAGUCUGGUAUCGGAAGGGAGUGCGGAGAGUAUGCUUUGGCUAAUUACACUCAUUCAAAAGCCGUCCAUGUCAACCUUGGAAACAUGCUUUAAACGGUAAGAGGUUUCGUCGAGGCGAGAGUGGGGGUGGGUUUGCUGGAUCAUGGGCUCUCGCCACGACAUUGGUUGAUCGGUAGUUGGUGGGUCUUGUCCAGCCUUGUCGACAAAGCAGGAUUGUACCAUGAGAGAAAACAAGGACAUUGAACCUGAUUGCCUGAGCGACUUUUAGCUGUAAAGAUACCAUGAUGAUAUCCCCAACCUUGCCGGAGAGUGAUAGACCAUGCAACAGAGAAACC